AUGGCGGCCACGGGGUUGCUGAAAAGAGCGGCGCAGCGGGUGCCGUCCUCGCCAGCUUUCAAGCUAACACUCAUCCGGGCCCACGCGUCGGAGGCCCAGGCUCAGCAGGUGAAGCAGAAGGCCAGCGACACGGCCUCCCUGAAGAAGUUCCAAAUCUACCGGUGGAACCCGGAGAACCCGGAGAAGCCGGUGCUUAAGGACUACCAGAUCAACCUGAAGGAGUGCGGGCCCAUGGUUCUGGACGCGCUCAUCAAGAUCAAGAACGAGAUCGACCCCACCCUCACCUUCCGCCGUUCCUGCCGCGAGGGGAUCUGCGGCUCUUGCGCGAUGAACAUCGACGGCUGCAACGGCCUUGCUUGCCUCACCAAGAUUCCGUCCGAGGCGACGGCCACCAGCAUAACGCCGUUGCCGCACAUGUUCGUGAUCAAGGACCUGGUCGUGGACAUGACCAACUUCUAUAACCAGUACAAGAGCAUCGAGCCCUGGCUCAAGCGGAAGAACCCACCGCCAGUGCAAGGGAAGGAGAUCCUGCAGAGCAAGAAAGACCGUGAAAAGCUCGAUGGGAUGUACGAGUGCAUUCUCUGCGCCUGCUGUAGCACAUCCUGCCCCAGCUACUGGUGGAACCCCGAGUCCUAUCUUGGACCCGCCGCCUUGCUCCACGCUAAUAGGUGGAUCAGCGACAGUCGUGAUGAGUACACUAAAGAGAGAUUGGAGGCCAUUAAUGACGAAUUCAAGCUCUAUCGUUGCCACACCAUAUUGAACUGUGCUCGUGCCUGCCCAAAGGGGUUGAACCCAGGAAAGCAAAUCUCACAUAUCAAGUCACUUCAGCCUAAAGCUUAA